CAAACACAGAAAACAUACAGUGAAAUAAUGAAACACUUAAAGAAUCAGGUUUUGUGGACAGAGAGUCAGAUCAGAGCAGAGUUCAACAAACUCCAGCAGUUCCUGAAAGAGGAAGAGGAGUCCAGACUGGCAGCUCUGAGGGAGGAAGAGGAGCAAAAGAGGAGGAGUGUGAUCAGAGAGAUGAAGAGGAUUGAGGAGCAGAUGUCCUCUGUGUCAGACAGUAUCUGUGCUGUUGAAGAAGAGCUGCAGAAAGCCAGCGCUCCAUUCCUCAUCAGUUGUAAAGACACUCAGAGCAGAGCCCAGUGCUCAGUGUCAGAGCCACAGCUGAUCUCAGGAGCACUGAUCCAUGUGGACAAACACCUGGGCAACCUGUCCUUCAGAGUCUGGGACAAGAUGAGGGACAAGGUCCACUUCAGCCCCGUCAUCCUGGACCCAAACACUGCACAUGGAUGGCUUCUUCUGUCUGAUGAUCUGACCAGUGUGAGAAAUGGAGACACUUAUCAGCAGGUUCCUGAUAAUCCAGAGAGAAACAAUCACUAUGCCAGUGUUCAUGGAUGUGAGGGCUUCACCUCAGGGAAACACAGCUGGGACGUGGAGGUGGGAGACCAUCUGAGGUGGACUUUAGGUUUGGUUAAAGAGUCAGUUAACAGGAAGGGAGAGUUGUUAGCUUCACCAGAAUAUGGAAUCUGGUGUUUAAAGCAUAACAGUGGAAAAUACACUAAUGGUCUUGGUCAGACAAUGAAAGUGAAGACGAGUCCACAGAGGGUCAGAGUUGAACGGGACUAUGACAGGGGGGAGGUGUCCUUCAACAACGCUGAUGAUAAGACUCACAUCUGCACCUACAGAGACACUUUCACUGAGAAACUCCACGUGGACAAACACCUGGGCAACCUGUCCUUCAGAGUCUGGGACAAGAUGAGGGACAAGGUCCACUUCAGCCCUGUCAUCCUGGACCCAAACACUGCAGAUGGAUGGCUUCAUCUGUCUGAUGAUCUGACCAGUGUGAGAAAUGGAGACACUUAUCAGCAGGUUCCUGAUAAUCCAGAGAGAAACACUAAAUAUCCUGAUGUUUAUGGAUCUGAGGGCUUCACCUCAGGGAAACACAGCUGGGAUGUGGAGGUGGGAGACCAUCCCGGAUGGAACAUUGGUUUGGUUAAAGAGUCAGCUGACAGGAAGGGAGAGAGAUAUGUUUCACCAAAAUACGGAUUCUGGUGUUUAUGCCAUUGCAGUGGAAAAUACACUAAUGUUCUUGGUCAGACUGUGACAGUGCAGACGAGUCCACAGAGGAUCAGAGUUGAACUGGACUAUAACAGUGGGGAGGUGUCCUUCUACAACACUGAUGAUAAGACUCAGAUCUACACCCACAGAGACACUUUCACUGAGAAACUCUACCCUUAUUUCAGUGUUGGAAAGGCUGGUGUGGCCGAGGACACAUAG